CACAGACAUACAAUACCUGUAGCUCGUCAUUCAGCUCAUAGAAGCCCGCCGAUCUCGCACCUCUUCCUCUGUCGACGACUUUCCCAUCCAGCGAUCCUUCAAGAUGGUCAAUGACAUGCACACCCAGACGACACUGCCGAACCCGCCAGCAUCGGCUCGACCGGCUCGAUCAAAGCCCAGGAUCGGAGGAGUCGUCUUUCAGUUCAUCUCGACGAUGCUGAUGAUCAAUGGCUACAAAGGUUUGGGUCAUAUCGAUAUCCCCGAUUACCUGGUGCCAAAGGGGAUCGGUUUCGAUAGGUUCUUGACCAACUGGGGCCUCGUCAUGGCCAUCAUAACCACCUCUCUCGGCGUCCUCUCUGACGUCCUUCCCGGCGUCACCGCGAUCAGGAGUGUCAAACGGGCUUUCCUCUUGAUCGCAUUCCCCUUGGCUAUCACCAUCUCUUCGAUUUACUGGCCGUUGGUCCUCAUCGCCCCGUACCUCAUUCUACCCCAAAAAUCAUCCAUCGGCUCCUCCUCGGGUAUCGUAGGAGAACCUUCUUCCUCUCCGGACACUCCCGAGAUGUUCCGUCUCCCUCUCUGGAUCGACCUUAGUUUGCACGCCUUACCCACAGCCGUACUCUUUGUCGGUUCGUCGAGCUGAUUUCUUGAUGACGUAUGCAUUCGAUUAUGACGCGCCGAAAGCACCAAUCGUCUUUGGGGGUCGCCUAUGGACGUGUUUGUAGCCUUUUCGUCGAGAUUUGUGUUGUCUUGGCCUCAUUUCAGCGUCUUUGGUCCGCG